AUGGGCCAGACUGGGCCUUACACCCCCGUGGCCACCUUCCCCUCCCAAGUGACAAGGAUGUCCUGCUAUGACCUGUGCACCCCCAAAACCAGCGUGGCUGUGCCCCAGCCCAUCGCUGAGAGCUGCAACGAGCUGUGCGCCCGCCAGUGCCCCGACUCGUCUGCCUUGAUCCAGCCGCCCCCCAUGCAAGCCGUGGUGGGCUCCUCUGGAGCACCGGCCUUUGGCGGCUCCCUGGGACUGGGCGGCCUCUACGGCACCGGCGCCACCCAGGCCUCGGGUGGCCUCUGCACCUUUGGCAGAGCCUGCGCUGCUCCCGCCUACAGCCCUUGCGCCCUGCCCCGCUACAGCAAGAAGCUCUGGGACACCUGUGGGCUCUGCUAG